AUGGUCUACGCUAGCUUCUGCCGGCCCGACCGAGACGUCACGGACUACCGCACCCAGAUUACGGGGAUCGCCGAGGCCGACUUGAUAGACGCCCCGAGCGUCCGCGUCGUCCGCGAGGAGGUUCGGCAGAUCCUGGACAAAGAGGAAGUCGUCAUUGUCGGGCACGGACUGGACCACGACUUGGCCGCCCUGGAACUGACCCACGUGCCUCCUCCGGAACGCCUCAGGGACCUUGCGCUGUACCCGCGCUUGAUGAGCCUCGACGCAGAGCAGCGCCUGUGGCCCGCCAGCCUACCGGAUCUCGCCUUCGAGCACCUGGACAUCACGACGGAGGACUGGAGGGGGAUGUUCGUCCUUCACGACCCCGUCGCGGACGCCUGGUGCGCCAUGAAGGUGUUCCUCGAGUACGGCGAGGAGUGGGAGGCCCGCCUGCGCGGGGGUGCGACGCACUCUCCCACCGACCUGACGCCGCUGCAGGCAUGA